UCUUCUAUAAACCCCCCCCCCCCUUUAUGUUCGCCCAGCCUUCCACCCGCUUCUGAGUAGUGGGGGAGGGUUUCGGCCUCGAGGUUCCCGCCCCACCGGGGCCCGGGCGAACAUGGGGGGCAAGCAGAGCACGGCGGCUCGCUCUCGGGGCCCUUUCCCGGGGGUCUCUACCGAUGACAGCGCCGUGCCGCCGCCGGGAGGAGCGCCCCACUUUGGGCACUACCGGACGGGCGGCGGGGCUAUGGGGCUGCGCAGCCGCUCGGUCAGCUCGGUGGCGGGCAUGGGCAUGGACCCCAGCACGGCCGGAGGAGUGCCCUUUGGCCUCUACACCCCCGCUUCCCGCGGGACCGGCGACUCAGAGAGGGCGCCGGGCGGCGGAGGGUCCACGUCGGACUCCACCUAUGCUCACGGCAAUGGUUACCAGGAGACAGGCGGCGGUCACCAUAGAGACGGGAUGCUGUACCUGGGCUCCCGAGCCUCGCUGGCGGAUGCUCUACCUCUGCACAUCGCACCCAGGUGGUUCAGCUCGCACAGUGGUUUCAAGUGCCCCAUUUGCUCCAAGUCUGUGGCUUCUGAUGAGAUGGAAAUGCACUUUAUAAUGUGUCUGAGCAAGCCUCGCCUCUCCUACAAUGAUGACGUGCUGACUAAAGAUGCGGGUGAGUGUGUGAUCUGCCUGGAGGAGCUGCUUCAGGGGGACACGAUAGCCAGGCUGCCUUGCCUGUGCAUCUAUCACAAAAGCUGCAUAGACUCCUGGUUUGAAGUCAACAGAUCUUGUCCAGAGCACCCUGCUGACUGACCCUGCUGGGCUGGCUUGCUGACUCCUCUCAAAGGUGAGCCCACACUCGGUGGGGGCUCUGGGCUUACAGAGUAAAGUUUCUGGGCACUGGGGAGAGGGGCCAGGCUGCCUGAUAUACACCCCUCCAAGAAGAACGCAGUGAGCAGUUCCCAGGAUGUGGAGGGAUUGAUUUUCCUGGGGAAACAUAAGAGAGGGAUCGUAACCCGCUCAUGAAGAACUCAGUGCAAAGGUAGAAUCCACUCCUUUCCCUGAGGAAAGGCAGAAGGAUCCCCUGCAGAGCGCGUGGGCUGAAGCAAGGGAGCCCAGUUGGGCUCUGCAGCUGUCUCCUUACAGCAGCUGUCUCCUCCUUGCUCGCCGCUUGCCUCUCGGAGGCUCCCGAGGCUCUGUUUCUUUAGAAAUGGGAGAAUCACUAAACAGAGGGGCUGUGGAACGUACACUGUCCACUGCCCAGUGCUUGUCUGAGAUCUGUUCACUGCUGUUCUUCCACCUGAGGGCUCCAGGCCACUCUCAGCCCUUCCGUCCACUGCACAGUGUCACAGUAGCAGCGGCCAGCAUGACAGCCCCUCCCACACAUGCAUAUGUGUCUCCAACGCAACUGCUCAUUUCCUCCCCAGGGAACCUUGUUUAACUGCUGACCCCUCUCCAGUCCCCCACCAUGUGCUUUCUGAGGUCUAUGCUGGCAUAUUGUCUCUCUCUCUUUCUCCCCCCGCCCUUGGCAAUCAGAACAUAAGUCCCAGAAAAACCAAUAGCCCAUUUCUACUUCAUCUCACAUCCAAAGAUUUGGGGGGGAUUGCCUUUCUUCUCUUUCUCUCCUUGUUCUGUUUUCUUUUGUUAGGUUUAUUUUAUUUAUUCCAAGUAAAUGCCCAGACCAGCUGACGGUGUCAGGCAAAUCAGGGACAUUUGCUCUUUUUACCUUCACCUCAAAAUCUGAUGACAAGGGGAGAAGACAAAGCAAGGGUGAGAGUGAGGCAGGGGACUGGACCCUGGCUUCAAAAUGCAGGUCCAAAUGGCCCGCAUGAUGUUUGGCUUCUGGGGCCUUCCUGGACUGAACCAGACGCCCCAGCCGACCAGCCUGCCCUCAGAGGGACACGCUGCUGCCACCGUGAGAUGGAGCAGCCGCUCUGACGAGACGGAGCACGACUGGCUUCUUCCGACCACAGGACAGACGGCCCUGUUCCUGGGAGGAGCUCCUCAGACACUGGGCAGAGCUGAGCUUGGGACACCAGAGGGAACAGGGCAUCCCUUCUGCACUGACUUCCUGAAAAUGGUCCUCCCUCCUCCCUGAGGACACCAACUGGAUGAGAGCGAGUCUGAGAGAAGAAUGAAUUGACCUCUAUCCUUCCCCUCACCGUCAACCCAGGAGGGAAAGGGCAUUUUCUUUUUCACCUUUGAAAGGCGUUGUGGGUCUGUCUUUAAAGUGUUUACAACAACAAAAAAUUAUAUAAAAAAAAGUCUAGUGUC